AUGUUCAAAAGUUUACUGGAACGUAUGAAUAUUGUGAAUAUGGUUUUUAAGACAGAUCAGUGGUUUGGAGUUCUACUUUUAUGUUCAUCAACUUUUAAAGCUAGUGGUGUACAGAUAACAACCAAUGUAUCAACAAUGGUUGAUCGUAAUGUUAAUGCACAGUCUGUAGCUGAUAGCAUGAACUACAAUAUUGACGUAAAUAGAUAUAGCCUAGACCUUAAUGGAAUAACGUCCUUAGUGUUUGAAAUAAACACAUGCACGUGGGCACAUGUUCUUCUGUCAAGUUCAGGUGUCAGAAACUCAUCAGAACCAUUUUAUGAUAUUGCUUUUUUGGGCAGGUGGAGACAUUAUAUUCGGAACUGGGAUUAA